CAAAAUGAAAAAGGAAAACGAAAUUAACUCAAUGCACUGCGCAUUGUCGAACAUGCGAACGUGUCAUCGUCGUCAAUAUGCAUAUUAUAUCCAUCAUCAAAUUAACAAUUAUCCAGGAAACUACCACGUUAUACCGAGUAUCUACUCGUGAAAUGUUUUCCAUAGAUACGAGCUCAUAAAUAACUUCGCUGGAUGGUGUUAAAUCGAUAACGCAGUUCCUAAUCAUUUCGAUCCGAGUAAUGCACAUAAUAUUGCAUGUAGGCCUUGAUUGUUUUCUUUUCGAUCUUUCUACGAAAAACCAAUUCUAAAUAUAUUUUGAGUCUCAGUAACGUAAUCGAGCACGAAGAGUCUCAUUGAAGAUUAAGUAGCAUGGCGAUGCCAUACAUCAUUCAUCACGAUGAAAAUAUUUACAGUCUUGACGAGAAGGCAAUAAUCAAACUGAAGAAACCACCACUAUACUGUUCGAAGUUCCGGAAAGAGAUUGUAACCAGUGCUAAGGAAUCGUCGCAGAAAGCACAUCACAAGACAAUGGGCUAUGCAGAAGUACCAUUAAGUAGACCCGACGAAUUCACGAAAAUGAAUAGCCGAAUUUGUCCUCCUCGACCUAUUACCGAUCGCCAUCGAUGCAAACCAAAACCUCCCAUACCCGCACCAAUAGUCUGUCGAAAAAGUGCCGAUAACAUCAAUUUCCGAGUGAAAAACAUUCGCUCCGCUGUCAUGACCAAUCCGAGUCGACCCCUGCCUCGGUACGUCGAUACUAGGAACGGAGACUUCCACGAUUUGAAAAGAUCCGGCCUAGUACCGAAAUACAUUCACCAACCGCAAUUCGGAAAGAUUCCAAAGUAUCUGGCCAAACGGAUUUACGAUGCGAAUAUGCAAGAGGAGCAAAUUCGUCAGCAGCCAUUGUGUCGAUUUAUUACACAACCAGAACGAACGGCAUUACUGGAGGGCUUAAAAUCGAAUUGGCAAGAUCUGCAGACCAUUUAUCAAGGACUCUCGCUGAUGACCGAUACAAUUCCGAAGAAGCAAAGGAAAACUGCUCUGGAGAAUAAUCUCAGACAGCUGGAAAAGGACAUUUUACUGAUGGAGAACCAUCGCUACAUCUACGUAUUCGAUGAUGACAAUGAAUAGAAUUGAUGUGCUUUUUCAU